CCCCUGCAAUGUUGUGCCGCCGGGCUGAGAUGGGUGAACCAACCUCUGAUGGCUCCUCUCAGGACCUUGCUUUCUAUGAGGAAGUGUUAGAAGCAUGUCCAAGGUUCCCGAUGCCUUCAUCAGUAUGUCGCAUUCCGGCAUACUCGUCGUUCCUACCGGGGCGGUUGGCCCCUAAUGGAUGGAGAGUGUUGUUGGGAUUCCUCGCGUUGUGGAGAAACGUUCAUAGCAAAAAUGCCUCUCCCUCAUGUAAGGAUUUUUUUGCUGCUUAUACUUCACAUGAGAACCCCACUCCCAAAAGAGGCUGGUACCACUUUCCUCUAAGGGCAAGAAAGUUAAUCACUGGACUGUGCUCCAAUUGCCAUAGUUGGAGGACUGAUUUUUGUUUGUAGGAGAGUGGGUUGCUAAGGAAGACCGCACUUUGGUUCUCACUGGGUGGGGUGCACCCAAGAGGAUAGGUAUAAAUUAUGUCUUUUUUUUUGGUCCCUUUCGCCUUCACUAUAUUUUCAACUCUUUUUCAGGCUUGCCAGAGUUAUCGGCAUACCAUGAGGACUUCAAGUCAUGAGGGCUCAGCCUGUAAAGGAGUAUGGGACCCUUAUAUCUAGAGAUGGUCAGGUCGGGGAUUCCCCUUCUGGAGAUGAUUUAUCUUCU